CACACACUGCAGAGGAGACCAGAGCACAGCAACCCACAGAGGGGAGAAGAGCUACCACAAUGCAAAUGAAAGCCAUAACCCAGUUCAGCUCCUCCAGGAAUGACAGCAACUGCACCAGCGACAGCAGGGUCAGCCAAGUCAUCUUCCCUUUACUCUACACAUUUCUGUUCCUGGUGGGGAUCACCAUGAACGGCCUGGCAAUGUGGGUCUUCUUUAAAGUACCCAGCAAAUCCAAUUUCAUUAUCUUCCUCAAGAACACUGUGAUUUCUGACUUCCUCAUGAUCCUGACUUUUCCCUUUAAAAUCCUCAGCGAUGCCAAGCUGGUGUCCUGGGUGCUGCGAGGGUUUGUGUGCCAGGUGAGCCAGGUGGUGUUUUACUUCACCAUGUACAUCAGCAUCCUGUUCCUGGGCCUGAUAACGAUCGAUCGCUAUCAGAAAGCCACUUCACCUUUCAGAACCUCCACUCCACGGAGCCUCCUGGCCGCCAAGGUCCUGUCCACAGCCAUCUGGCUGUCCAUGUUCGCUCUCUCGCUACCCAACAUGAUUCUAAAUAAUAAGAAGAAAACACCCAAGAACGUAAGGAAGUGUGCUCUCCUGAAAUCGGAGUUUGGCUUAGUCUGGCAUGAAAUUGUGAACUACAUCUGUCAGCUGAUCUUCUGGGUUAACUUAGCAGUCAUAGUGGUAUGUUACAUCCUCAUCAGCAAGGAGCUGUACAAAUCCUACAAAAGGACUCGAUGCGCAGGGAAGGGAUCUAAAAAGACUGUCAAUCUCAAGGUUUUCAUAAUAAUUGCUGUGUUCUUUGUUUGCUUUGUGCCGUUCCACUUCACCAGAAUCCCCUACACCUUGAGCCAAACCAGAGAUGUGUUUGACUGCUCUGCUCGGAACGCCCUGUUCUACAUGAAGGAGACCACGCUGUGGCUGACGUCCCUCAACGCCUGCCUGGAUCCCUUCAUUUACUUUUUCCUGUGCAAGUCCUUCAGGAAAUCCCUGCUGGACAUGCUGUGCAAGCACAGGGCAGGGCCAGGGGCACAGACUAAGGGGGAUGACUCCGACGAGACGCCGCUCUAGGUGCCAGGGCUCCUCUGCCCUUCACACGCCUUCGCUGGGGGUGGCAGGAGCACAGAGCCACGAGGAGCAUCCAGAGCUCCACUGACUGCCUCAGAAACAGCCCUGCAGAUGGAGCAGGAGCA